AUGACGUUGCCCGACCCCUACACCACAGCAAAGAUCGUAAAUAACGCAGGUGCUUUGUACACCGGCUUCAUCAAAGACUUGGAAGAGAAGGACAUCGACACGACCUUCAACCUCAACUUCAAAGUGCCUGUGCUUCUGUCAAAAUUGGUGUUUCCAUAUCUGAAAGAGACAAAAGGUACCACACCAGAGGCCACCAUGUACGGUAUCGCUAAAGGCGCUCUGGACAACUUCACAAAGGCUGCAUCCAACGGUGAGUGUACCAAAGGUUAUCAUGUACAACUGACACCAGAGGCCACCAUGUACGGUAUCGCUAAAGGCGCUCUGGACAACUUCACAAAGGCUGCAUCCAACGCUGCUAGGCGCAAGGAUGUCGUCACUCUCGGGGCGGCGUCAUGCGACAGCAGAAGCGUAUACUGA